CGCGUCCUUGUUUGAUCUCAACAGCCAUGUCGGUCAACCCGGUCAACCCCAAGCCGUUUUUGCAGGAGCUCACGGGGAAGCCGGUAUUUGUGCGGCUAAAGUGGGGGUUGGAGUACAAGGGUUUUCUCGUCAGCACGGAUGGGUACAUGAAUCUUCAGCUGGCAAACACGGAAGAGUUCCAGGAUGGUCAGUCGAACGGUACGCUUGGGGAGGUUUUCAUUAGGUGUAACAACGUGCUCUACAUAAUAAAAGCACCACGAGAAGCCCCAGCCGCAUAGUUGAUGCCGAAAACUCGCACAUUCUGCGCAGAGUACUCGCUUUUCUCGCGCAUGUAGCUUUCCGGACGCUUCUCGAUAGCGCGUGGGCAAGACUCUCGCCAGACCACUUGUCAACGACGUCUGUAAUCCGUGUAAACGCUUCUUGCUCUGCUGUACCAUCUAUCCACCCUUUUGCGAUC